AUCUCUAAGCAUCCUCACUGUGCAACCGAGAUGACAUGAGCAGCCAGCAGUUUGACAGAACAGCUGACAAUGUGAUCGUACAGAAUAAAACAACAUGUAAAGGCUCAACGCGUCCAGGUUUCACUUUAAAAGAGGCGACGGAUAGGGUAUUUUGCCACUUGAAAUUCGUUUUCUUGGAAAGGCGUGCCCUGUUUUUUCUUCGUCCGACCUGAAAACUCAUCGCAAUCAUGCAGCAAUCAUUCUGAUUCUCACGGCCCCACGAGAGCCGUGAGAACCCGCGUCCACCGCCGUCGCCACGAACUUCAGCGCUGUGCGCAAACGGGACAUCUGGCGAGCUUUUACGCACAGUAGUGAGGCGCAGCAGCGGUGCGCUGCAGGCAAAGCGAAUGCAUAUAAACUCUCACCUGACUGACUCUUAGAAUAUAAAUUCAUGAAAUUAUAACAUUUUCCUUACAACCGGUUAUCGUUUCGCUGGACAUGGCUCAAGCGAUAUAAAACCACAGACCUGAUUCUAGGACUCUAUAACAAACCGAUCUCUAAUCACUCGCCAUGGAAGAGAAUCUGAGUAACUUGAGCGUGCUGAACUGGGAGCAGGUGAAGCGCCUGGAUGUCAUCCUGACCGAAUCCAUUCCUAUUCACGGCAAAUGGAACUUCCCCACUUUGGAGAUGAAACCUCGGGAUAUUGUCAAAGUGGUGCGGUGUCGCAUGGAAGAGCGCAAGAUCCACGUCCGGGAGGUCCGGUUGAACGGUUCCGCGGCCAGUCACGUUCUCCACGAGGACAGCGGUUUGGGCUACAAGGAUCUGGAUCUCAUAUUUUGCGCGGAUCUGAAAGGAGAAGUGGCGUUUCAGACCGUCAAGGAUAUCGUUCUCGACUGCCUCCUGGAUUUCCUGCCUGAAGGAGUGAAUAAAGAGAAAAUUACUCCAGUGACUUUAAAGGAGGCUUAUGUGCAAAAGAUGGUGAAAGUGUGUAAUGAUUCAGACCGUUGGAGUCUGAUCUCGCUCUCCAACAACAGCGGGAAGAACGUCGAAUUGAAGUUCGUGGAUUCCCUGCGGCGACAGUUUGAAUUCAGCGUCGACUCUUUUCAGAUCCGCCUGGACUCCCUGCUCCUCUUCUACGAGUGUUCGGAGAACCCCAUGGCUGAGACGUUCCAUCCCUCCAUUGUGGGAGAGAGCGUUUACGGAGACUUCAGCGUAGCCUUGGACCACCUGCAACGGAAACUGAUCUGCACGCGAAAUCCAGAAGAGAUCCGGGGCGGCGGCUUGCUGAAGUACUGCCACCUGUUGGUGCGAGGCUUCCGCGCCGCUUCGGAAACCGAGAUGAAGCUUCUCGAACGCUACAUGUGCUCCCGGUUCUUCAUCGACUUCUCGGAUGUGGCGGAACAAAGGCGCAAGCUCGAGUCCUACCUGCAGAAUCACUUUGUGGGACUAGAGGACCGGAAGUACGAGUACCUGACCACGCUACACAGUGUCGUCAACGAAAGCACGGUGUGCUUGAUGGGACACGAAAGGCGACAGACUCUGAGCCUUAUCACCAUGUUGGCAGUGCGCGUGUUGGCAGAGCAGAAUGUAAUUCCCAACGUGGCUAACGUCACUUGCUUUUACCAGCCUGCACCGUACAUUGCGGACGGCAACUUUAGCAAUUACUACAUUGCUCAGGUGCAGCCAGUCUACACCUGCCAACCCACUCACACAUUCUCACCAUGGUUGCCCUGCAACUGACCGAAAUGUGUUGACUCACAUCUGGUCCGUUAGAGCACCCGCCCAAUGACAAGUUGAGAAGUCUGUAUUUUUGUGCUCAACAAUGCGAGGAAAGCCCAAGACUUUCCCAAUUGGCGGUCGCUAGCUCGCGGCGAAGGGAGGCUAUGAUCGCGCCUGAUGGGGAAAAAGAGAAGAGAGAGUGAUGUAACUUGGAUUUGUUCCAAUGUGGCAGCAUGUUCUACCUAGGCUUACCAUGGCAAAGUGCCAGUGUGCCUAGAGAAGCGCAACACUGGCUGAGAGGAAACAACACAGUCUUUCUUUUGUGUGUGUGUGUACAUAUGUGUUAUAGUCAUACUUGAAGAAUCGAAGAGAUCCUGCAUAUCGCGUUGAAAGAUUAGUGUUGACGGUUUUUGCAAUGCUCAUUUCGAAAUGCUAUCAGACACGAAGAACUGAAAUCAAUGGACACUUUUCUCAAGCCAAGGAUAUUCUCGUAGAUACAAGAUACCCAAAACAGAUUAUCGACUAAGUGCCUUAAACUGAAAAAAAUGAAAGUCACUCUCUUCAUCCAAUCUUUUUGGAGUCACAUAUUGUAGUAAAUGGGUCACGAAUUUCCAACUAAUAGUUGCAACACCUAAUUCUUAUAAUGUAUUUAAUUUGGCACCACAAUAGUGAGAAUUAGAGGUCCUACAUGAAAGUGUUGCACAUUUCCACCCGAGGCAUGCGCGUAUGAGUUUUUCACAGCUUCUUGUCUCAUCUAAACUGACCUCAAUAUACUGUUGGCUCAGCGCUGGCUUAGCUCAGAUUAAAAAGUCCAGGGCAAUGCCAUUACAUCUAAGGCAGAGAGGUAAAACAGGUCAAAGCCGAACAGGAAGAGAAUUAAUGAAAGUUGUUUAAGUCCAAAUUGUUGUUGUUACAUCCAGGUUACCUAGCGUCUUUCUGCAGGCCUAAUUAUCACACAGCCACCAAAUCUAGAGAUUAUACCUUUGACACAUCUGACCUGCAUAACCUGGAGGAUUAAGACCAGCAGUGAGAAGCAGAA